GAUUUUUUUUUUUUCUUCCCCCUCUUCUUCUUCUCCAUUUUUUUUUUUUUCCUGAGGGGUGGAAAGCGCCUCGCGAAAUAAAAGUGCAGAACCGAGCCGGUGGCUCCCAGAGCGGCCGGGGCGGGCGCGGCGGGAGCCCCCAGCGCAGCGCAGCGGAGCCCAGCGCGGAGCCCACCUGCCCCCGGGGCAGCAUCGCCCCGCACCUUCUCCCGGACUGAGACCUUCAUACACACAUAGAAACACACACACACACACACAUAUAUAUUAUAUAUAUAUAUAUACACGCUUUUUAUUUUUUUAAUCCUUCCCCCCGGCUUUCCUCCAGGACUUUUCCACCGCCUUUGGGACAACCCGCAAACUUCUCACUCGCUGCCCCUUCGCUGCUUUCCUGGUGACUGGGGCUUUUUUUUUUUUUGGGGCUUGUUUUGGUUUUUGUUUUUGCUACUUUGAUUUUUUUUUUUCCCUCCUCUCUCCUUGGGAAGACCCGCCUGCCUCUCUCGCCUCCCGUGCCCCACCGGAGAGGCCGGGAGCGGCUCCGGCGGCGCGGGCAGCACCUCCCCGGCGCACGGCGUGCGAGCCCGGCGGCGGCGCGGCUCGGCUCGGCUCGGCUCGGCUCCGAGCGGCUCCCUGCGGCCCGGCGCGGCCCGGCUCGGCUCGGCACGGCUCGUCCCGGGCGCUCGCCCCCGAUAAUGCAGAGCUACAAGUACGACAAGGCGAUCCCGCCGGAGAGCAAGAAUGGGGGCAGCCCGGCGCUCAACAACAACCCGGCCAAGAGCAGCAGCAAGAAAGCCCUGCUCAUCUGCCUCGACUGCCUCUGCCUCGUCAUGGCCGGCUUGCCCUUCCUCAUCAUCGAGACAAGCACAAUCCAGCCCUACCAGAGGGGCUUCUACUGCGACGACGACAGCAUCAGGUACCCGCAGAAGAACGUGGAAACCAUCAACGACGCAGUGCUGUGUGCUGCAGGCAUCCUCAUCGCCAUCCUCGCGAUUAUAACGGGAGAGCUUUACCGCAUCCACUACCUGAAGGAGAAAUCCCGCUCCUUCAUCCAGAACCCCUACGUGGCAGCUCUCUACAAGCAAGUGGGCUGCUUUGUUUUUGGCUGUGCCAUCAGCCAGUCCUUCACAGACAUUGCCAAAGUGUCCGUCGGGCGCUUGCGGCCGCAUUUCCUGGCGGUUUGUGACUUGGAUUUCUCCACCAUCAACUGCGCCAAGGGAGUUUACAUCCAGAACUACACCUGCAGGGGAAGCGACAGCAGGGUGCAGGAAGCCAGGAAAUCCUUCUUCUCUGGGCACGCGUCCUUCUCCCUGUACACCAUGCUGUACUUGGUGUUCUAUCUGCAGGCCAGAUUCACGUGGAAGGGAGCCCGCCUGCUGCGUCCCCUGCUCCAGUUCACCCUGAUCAUGAUGGCGUUUUACACCGGGCUGUCCCGCGUCUCCGACCACAAGCACCACCCCACUGACGUGCUGGCAGGCUUUGCACAGGGAGCCCUGGUGGCUUACUGCGUGGUGUUUUAUGUCUCAGAUCUCUUCAAGCCCAAGACAAAGACUUGCCUGCCUCCACCUCCCAUCCGGAAGGAGAUCCUUUCACCUGUGGACAUCAUUGAGAGGAAUAAUCAUCACAACAUGGUGUAGAACUUCGAGGAACCAGAUGGGUGUUGCAUUUUAAACUUUUUUUUUUUUUUUUGCAAAAAAAAAAGUGACUGCUGACAGCAACUACCUGCUGCUCUCAAAUCUCAUCAGACAGUAGAAUGUAGGGAGAGACUUUCUUGCCCAACCAGUAAAGUCUUACUCUGUGGUCUUUUCAACUUGCGACAUUUGGAUGAAAGGGGUGGUGGUGGUCAACUAAGGCAAAGGCGACAAUGAGAAAGGAAAAAACAAAACAACCCACACUACACAAAAAGCUGAACAAGCAAAGAGAGGUGCCGGAGUUCUGGAUGUGCAAUUGGUUUGAGUGUUCAUGUUGUAGUGAACGCCAAAUUGUUCCCAGCCCAGUGAACACUAAGGGAUUUUUGGAAAGCUGGCCAUCCUAGGUUUUUUUCUGACUACGAAGAUUUCCAAUGCCUGCGAGAAAAAAAAACAACUCACGACUAAAUUGUAUAGCACUAUGUAUGAGCAACAGCACUGAGUCAAGAUCUGGGAUUGGUUUGUAAAGAGUUGCAUUUUUCUCUUCUUGAUCCUAGUUUAUUUUUGCCUCCUCUCUUCCAUACUGUGACUUAAUUUAGAAGAAGCUUGCCCAGUCCAAGGUCUCCGAAGGGUCUCUGUUCUCUCUGCUCACACUACACUCCUUUAACGAGCGGCCCGAGGCGCGCAGCGAGGCCGGAGAGCUCCUUCCUCCGCACAGAGAAGCCACACUUCUUCCUCCCCGCUCGCUCCCUGGCGAGGGCUCAUCCCACUCGAGCCCCUCUAGAUGAAAAGAGCAUCCUCCACUUCCCAGCCAUCCCCUUUCCCCCGAAGGAAAACCCCAGCAGGUUUCGUGCGCGCCCGCCCGUGGGAGCAUGCGGUUUGCGCCAGGGCAGCGGCGGCUCUGCCGAAGACUCGUUCGCACUACGACCCCGGGGCUGAGUCCCGGGGAAACUUUUAUUCUGCAGUUUUGGGACGGGCUGCUGGGCGGCACGUCCCGGCCUGGGUGUCAGUCAGUUUGUGCAUCCCCUCCUCUCCUCCUCCUCCUCCUCCUCCUCCUCCUGCUGCUCCCUGGGGCACCCCGGGGUGCGCCACAGCAGUACCAGGUCCUGUGCUCCACUGGGUCACUCCGGUGGGAAAUCAGCUGUGCCUCUCUCGGGUGUGAUGAUGACUUUUUUUUUUGCCCAGAAGCCACAGGUGCUUGGUUUGCAGCCCUUCCACGAAGCGCAUUUGCAAAGGGAUCCCGCAGAACACGCAGAACGGCCAUUUGCACAUCCUUCUCACAGAAUCCGUCCUAUCAUUUCAACUUAUAGCAAGCUAUGAUUUUUUUUAUAUUAUAAAUAUUAUAUAAAUAAUGUAUAAAACCUUAAAAAUUAACUAUGUAAAAUAUUAUUUCUGAAACAAUUUUAGAUAUAUCCACUAUGACUAUAAACUGUGUCCUGACCUGUGUUAUUUACAUUUUGCUGCUUAAAAAAGCAUUGAAUUAAUUUUUUUAUAGUCGACUAAAAUAUUGUAGUUCUGUGGUAGUAAUAUUUUAAUGAAAAUAACUACAAUUAGAGACAUUUGUAUAAAAAAAAACAUAUUAAAUUGUCUGUAUUUUUGUAAUGUUCCAUUUUGUAAAGAGAAGAAUAUUCAAAGACUUUUGUAGAAUACAAAAUUGAAGUUUGUAUCUGCGAAAUUAUUGCUGUAUAAAUGUGCUUUUUAAAUAAAAGCUCAUAACACAACUAAA